AUGAAGGACCGCGAAUUUGGAGAGUUGCCUCAUCCAUCCUCCCUGCCUCGGGAGGAGGAACUCCGAAGAUUGACGAAGCCUCUAUGGGUGCUCAUGUAUUGGGGUUGGGGGUUGAUGUUUAUGGCAGCCGUCUUCACCAUUGUCACUACUCUCUUUGGUCCAAUGCCAUCUUCUCGCGGUCCCGAAGAACUCAUCCAUGCCGAAUAUGUUGUUUCCAAGGCAGCUCAUCGGCUUGCCAUCCGUGGCGACUGCAAUGAAACCGCUGGCCUGUUCGAACCUGUUGUCGAUGCCAUGACCGCAAAAGCUCGCCGGUUUUCAGGAACCAUCUCUGCAUCUCAGGCAGUGACAGAAGCCUCUCAAACGACAAUUGCUGCUUCCGCUGAAUCCACUACUGAGUCUUCUGGUGAAAGCAUCCCCGUUUCAACUCAAACUGCUCUUUCCACUGCCAAGAACACCACUACUGAACCACAUACCCUUACCAGCACCACCACCGGCACUGUAACUAUAACUGUAUCUCCAGUCCAGUAUACUGACACUACUGAGAGCCAUGACACCUGCCAGGGCGGAAUCACAGAAACAGUCACUGUCACUGUGUAUCCUGCUCCAGAGGUAACAGUCACUGCCGGAGCUUCUACCGUCACCAAAGACAGCACAGACGUCUCCUACACCAGCGGUCUUCCAGACGCAACUCUUUCUGGCAACCCAUCAACCUACACCACCAUCCAGACAGACGUUACAUACACCACUGGUCCCCCCGAUGCCACUGUCUCUGAGGAUCCCACCACUGUCACCAACGUCCAAACCGACGUCUCCGUCACCACAGGUCUCCCCGAUGCCACCGUCUCUGGAGAAGCUUCAACUGUGACAGACGUCGAGAUCACUUGGAGUUGGCCCCUGACCAGCACCUACACCUCGCCCGUCACAACCAUCACCAUCUCCGAUCUCUGGGGCCCUGCACCGCCAGUCGACACCUCUACCGAGUCUGGGCAGGCUAGCCUUUCCACCUUUACAACCGUCAUCUUCUCCCAGGUGACCAUCACACUAUCCUACCCAACCCCAAGUGUUUCCUCAGAAGUCGCGGGAGAGGCGACGUCUACUUCCGGGCCCGCCCCUACAAGCACCUACACCGAGUUUGUCACUGAAACCGGUGGACCGCCGGCCAUCGAGACCACUACGGUCGAUGUCCUGCCCCCAGCUUACACGAGCUACAACACCUCGUCCACCUCCAGCCUUGCCCCGUCCAUCGUCAUCAUCUCUGAUGGGAGCAAGCGCCCAGAGCCGACAGCCUGGGGUGGCAGCAACGGCGGCAGCAACGUCGCUUGCACAAUCAUGCUCAUCGCCAUCUUCAUGUUCCUGCUGUGA